AGCUCAAUAAAUGGAGCUUAGAUGGGAUCCUAGAGAGUAUUGUUGAGAGGAGAGGGGAAUAAAAUGGAAGAGCCAUUGCUAUGUAGAAUAAAUUUAGAGGAAGAAAAAAGGAAGAUAACAUGGAGCGGAUUCACAGAGGAGUUAAAAGCGGUGAGCUACAUGGCGGUGCCGAUGGUGGCGGUAUCGGUGUCGCAGUACCUUUUGCAGGUCAUAUCAGUGAUAAUGGUCGGCCACCUCUGGGAGCUACCUCUUUCUGGUUGUGCCUUGGGUGUCUCCUUCGCCAACGUCACCGGCUUCAGCUUUAUUUUCGGAAUCUCCGGAGCACUGGAGACUAUGUGGGCAAGCUUAUGGAGCUCAACAAUAUCAAAAGCUCGGAUCUUACACCUACUGUUCGAUACUUUCCCUCCCAAUUUGUAUUCCGAUAUGCUUUUUUUUGGAUAUUCUUGGACAAUCUGUUAGUAUCACUGGGUCAAAACCCUGAAAUCGCAGUGGAAGCUGGCAGAUAUGCAAUCUGGCUCAUUCCUGCAUUGCUUGCACACCCGAUUCUCCAGUCAUUGAUUCGAUAUCUUCAGUGCCAAAGCUUGGUUCUUCCCAUGUUCUUGAGCUCUUCUACAGCUGUACUUCUCCAUAUAUCUCUUUGUUGGAUUCUAACGCACAAAACAAGCAUGGGAAUGACUGGAGCGGCUUUAUCAACCGGUUUAGCUCUCUGGUUUAAUGUAAUAUUGCUUGUUAUUUACAUGAGGUACUCUUCAGCAUGUGAGAAGUCUCGUGCUUUUAUCUUCAAGGACGUUCUCUCAUGCGUCAAAGAGAUCUUUAGCUAUGGGGUCCCUUCUGCUGCAAUGAUUUUUCUUGAAUGGUGGUCAUUCGAGCUGCUUAUAAUGCUAUCAGGACUUUUACCGGAUUCAAUGCUCGAAACUACAGUUCUUUCUAUAUGCAUGACAAUCACCGCUUUACAUUUCUUUGUACCGUAAGGGAACAGCGCUGCUGCAAGCAAAAGGGUUUCGAUGAAUUAGGAGCCGGAAAUCCAGAAGCAGCUCAACUGUCUGUAAUUGUUGCAACAGUAAUCGGAUUAAUCGAGCCAAUCAUGGUGGUCAUCGUCUUACUUGCUUGGCGCCACGUCUUUUAGCAAUGAAGU